AUGGCGGUGCAGGCGGGCGGCCGGGGCCGGGGCGCCGCGCUGCUGCUCCUCUUCUGGGUUGCGCGCCGCCCGCCCGCCGGGGCCGCCUGGCUGCUGGGGCUGCGGCCCGAGGACACGGCCCCGGGCCGGGUCUCGCUGGAGGCCGGCGCGCUGGGGGCGGUGGAGGGGGCCAGCUUCCUGCUGCGCGUCUUCUUCCAGCCGCCGCCCGAGGCGAACCGCAGCCGCGCGCCCUCCGGGGCGGAGAGCGCGCCCCGCCUGGCCUUCGUCGAGGAGCCGCCGCCGGCGGGAGCGGGCCAGGCGCCCGGGGAGCGCUGCCCGCGGCAGAGCGCCGGGGCCUCGGACGUGGAGGUGCUGGGCCCGCUGCAGCCGGGCGGCUCGGCCGGCUCCGCCCUGGUGCGGGUGCGGGUGCGGGCGCCGCGCAAGGGGGAGCCCGGGGCCGGCCCGCGGGGGCGGCUCUUCUCGCUCUGCGCCUGGGACGGGCGCGCCUGGCAGCACCACGGCGCGGGGGGCGGCUUCCUGCUGCGGGUGCGGCCGGCGGCGCGGGAGCCCUGGCUGCUCGGGCCGCUGCCGGAGGCGGGCUGGCUGCGGGCCCUGGGGGCGCUGCUGCUGCUGGGGCUGUCGGCGCUGUUCAGCGGCCUGCGCCUGGCGCUGCUGGCGCUGGACCCGCUGGAGCUCCGCGUGCUGCGCAACAGCGGCUCGGCGGCGGAGCAGGAGCAGGCGCGCCGCGUCCAGGCCGUGCGGGGCCACGGCGGCACCUACCUGCUCUGCACCCUGCUUCUAGGCCAGGCCGGGGCCAACGCGGCGCUGGCCGGCUGGCUGUGCGCAUCCCUGCCCGGCCAGGGCCCGGCGCUGGCCGGCUGCGUGCAGGGCGUCCCCUGGCUGCCCGUGCUGCUCUGCACCGGGGCCGUGUUCCUGGGCGGCGAGGUGCUGCCCUACUCGGUGUGCUCCCGGCACGGGCUGGCCAUCGCCUCGCACACGCUCUGCCUCACCCGCCUGCUGAUGGCCGCCGCCUUCCCCCUCUGCUACCCGCUGAGCCGCCUGCUGGACUGGGCGCUGCGCCAGGAGCUCAGCACCUUCUCCACGCGCGAGCGGCUGCUGGAGACGCUGCGCGCCGCCGACCCGCACAGCGACCUGGUGCGGGAGGAGCUGGCCAUGGUGCAGGGCGCGCUGGAGCUGCGCACCAAGGUGGUGGAGGACGUGCUCACCCCGCUGGCCGACUGCUUUAUGCUGCGCUCCGACGCCGUGCUGGACUUCGCCACCGUCUCCGAGAUCCUGCGCUCCGGCUACACCCGCAUCCCGGUCUACGCGGGCGACCGGCGGGACAACAUCGUGGACCUGCUCUUCGUCAAAGACCUGGCCUUCGUGGACCCGGACGACUGCACCCCGCUGCAGACCGUCACCCGCUUCUACCGCCGGCCGCUGCACUGGGUCUUCAGCGACAGCCGCCUGGACACGCUGCUGGAGGAGUUCAAGAAGGGUAAAUCGCACCUGGCCAUCGUGCAGCGAGUGAACAACGAAGGGGAAGGAGACCCGUUCUAUGAGGUGAUGGGGAUCGUCACGCUGGAGGAUGUCAUUGAAGAGAUCAUCAAGUCCGAGAUCCUGGAUGAAACAGACCUUUACACAGACAACCGAAAGAAGGAGAGGGCGCUGCACCAAGGCAGGAAGCCACACGACUUCUCCAUCUUCAGGCUCUCAGACAGUGAGAUGAAGGUGAAGAUCUCCCCUCAGCUGCUGCUGGCCGUGCACCGCUUCAUGGCAUCAGAAAUCGAACCCUUCAAAUCUCCCUGCCUCUCGGAGAAGAUCCUGCUGAGGCUCCUCAAACGCCCCAGCGUCAUCCAGGAGCUGAAGUACGACCAUAAAAACAAGCGGGCCACGGAGCACUGUCUCUACCAGUGCAACCGGCCAGUGGACUACUUCGUCCUCAUCCUGCAGGGCAAAGUGGAAGUGGAGAUUGGCAAGGAAGGGCUGCGGUUUGAGAACGGAGCGUUCACCUACUAUGGCGUCCCAGCCAUCACGGCUGUCGUCUGCUCAGAUAACGAUGUGCAGAAAGUGAGCAGCCUGGCCGCAUCCUCCUUCCUGCUGCCCGUCUCAGUGUCCCGUACCUUGGCCGUCAGCAGAGGGGAAUCCCUGGCUGGCUCCCCAGUAAACCGAUCACCAUCUCGCUGCAGCGGGCUGAAUCGCUCCGAAUCCCCAAACCGGGAACGCAACGACUGCGGGGGCAGCAACACCCAGCUGUACAGCAGCAGCAGCAUCUACACGCCCGACUACUCCGUGCACAUCCUCUGCGACGUGCAGUUUGUCAAGAUCACCCGGCAGCAGUACCAGAAUGCACUGGCAGCCAGCCGCAUGGACAGCUCACCCCAGUCCCCCGACAUGGAGGCGUUCAAUGAUGGCAGCUCCACCAAGGCCCCGAUGGCCUGGGGGACCCCACAGACCCCGAAGGAGGACCCUACCCCUACCCUCCUGAACGAGAGGAACAGCAUCGUUUGCAGCCGGUCGGAUGGGCUCCAGAGCCCCAGCGACUCAAUGUUCCUCCGCGUGGAGGGAAUCCCCUUCAUCAGGGAGGAGCUGGCAGACAACGAGGAGAACAGCAAGCAGCAGGCCAGCGAAUGCUGUGACAUCACCCUGGAGCAGGAGAGCCCGAACAGAGAGACAGCGAGUGGCACGUCCCCAAGCGGCACCGAGGAGACCCUGGGCAAGAAGCUGCUGAGGACACUGAGCGGGCAGAAGAGGAGGCAGUCCCCGGAUGGCGAGACGACGCUGGAGGAGAAUUCCAACCAAGCGCCGUUCAUCACCUGAGCGGCAGCAUGGCGGGAGCGCAGCGCUGGAGUCCCCGGGAGCCUGGAGGUCUGCAGCCUGAGAGCGUCCUGCAGGGGGUCAUGUGCAACAGCAGUGGGUUUGCACGCCGCUGCCGGCCCACCCAACACCUGCCCUCCCUCCAGGACAUGCGCAGAGCCCCAGGCGAGAAGAGCAAGGCCCCC